AUGGAGCCGACAUCGAGCCCGCAGAUCUCUUUCUCCGUCGACUUCGUCGACGACAAUGAUUUCAUCUCCAUAAGCCCACGCUCUAAAUUGCCAAAGAAGUUUGACACGGAACGAGAAAAGGUGCCGGUGUGCAAUGUAGAUUUUGAGUUUCUCUCUAGCAACUCCACCGGUGAUAGAAUGUUAACGACCGAUGAGCUCUUCUUUGAAGGCAAGCUUCUUCCCUUCUGGGAAAUGCAGCACUUGGAGAAACUAAACAUGAUAUCUCUUAAAACAAAGGAUGCAGAAGGAGACCAUUGGACGGAGGAGGUCUUCUCACACUCUCUUCGACUCUUCGUAUAG